AUGAAAUAUUAACAAAACAGGUUUAGAUUGUUUUUGGGUUUUUUUUUGUUUAGCUAUGUUGUUGCGUAAAUUAAGUGAUUGCUUCCACCAAUAUAAUAUUUUCUGCCCUUUAAACAUUUAAAUAAAAGAACAGUGGUUUAUAUCACUUAAGUUUUAAAACUGCUUUAAAAAUUCCUUCUAUUGAAGUGAUUUUAAUUGUGAUCAUUCACUUUUUAAAGACAGCCACUUUUUAUCUGUUAUGAACAAUAUUAACUGGGUAACCAUACCCUAGGGUUGUCAUUGAAAAAAAUUUUCCUGGCAAGAAAGGAUGGAUAAUAAUGUCCACAUUAGUGGGCUGAUGAGUCGUCAUGAUGAUGACGCUACAAGGACAUCCACCUCUGAAGGUCUGGAGGAAGGUGAAGUGGAAGGUGAAACCCUCCUGAUCGUUGAAUCUGAAGAUCAAGGCUCAGUGGAUUUAUCUCAUGAUCAAAGUGGAGAUUCACUGAAUAGUGAUGAAGGGGAUGUGUCGUGGAUGGAAGAACAGCUGUCUUACUUUUGUGAUAAAUGCCAAAAAUGGAUAUCAGCCAGUCAACUGAGGGAACAGCUUAGUUACCUCAAAGGUGAUAACUUUUUUAGAUUUACUUGUUCAGAUUGUUCAGAAGAUGGUAAAGAGCAAUUUGAGAGACUGAGAUUGACAUGGCAACAAGUUGUCAUGUUGGCAAUGUAUAAUUUGUCUCUGGAAGGAACUGGACGCCAGGGUUAUUUCAGAUGGAAAGAAGAUAUUUGUGCUUUUAUUGAGAAACAUUGGACCUUUCUACUAGGAAACAGGAAAAAGACUUCAACCUGGUGGAGCACAGUAGCGGGUUGCCUUAGUGUGGGAAGCCCAGUGUUUUUUCGCUCAGGUGCUCAGGAAUUUGGAGAGCCAGGAUGGUGGAAACUUGUUCAUAACAAGCCCCCAACAAUGAAACCUGAAGGAGAGAAAUUGUCUGCUUCUGCUCUGAAAGUAAAAGCCUCAAAACCAGCUUUGGAUCCCAUCAUUACAGUGGAGGGGCUUAGGAAAAGAGUGAGUCGAAAUCCUGUGGAAUCUGCCAUGGAACUGAAGGAGAAGAGAUCACGAACUCAAGAAGCUAAAGAUAUUAGGCGAGCACAGAAAGAAGCAGCUGGUUUCUUGGAUAGAAGCACAUCUUCUACCCCAGUGAAAUUCAUCAGCCGGGGCCGUCGGCCUGACAUAGUUCUUGAGAAGGGAGAGGUGAUUGACUUUUCAUCUUUGAGUUCCUCUGAUCGAACCCCUCUGACAAGCCCAUCUCCUUCUCCUUCUCUUGAUUUUUCUGCUCCUGGAACUCCAGCUUCCCAUUCAGCAACUCCUAGUCUGCUGUCAGAAGCCGAUCUUAUUCCAGAUGUAAUGCCACCACAAGCCUUAUUUCAUGAUGAUGAGGAGAUGGAAGGAGAUGGCGUUAUAGAUCCUGGGAUAGAAUAUGUGCCCCCUUCUACUGUAUCAUCAAGCUCUGGGGCAGUGGUGGGAGGGAGAAAGAAGGUGAAAGCACCUGAACAAAUCAAGCAGGAGGUGGAGAGUGAGGAAGAGAAAACUGAACGGACAGAAGCUGAUAGUGAAGACACUGAAGAUUCAAGUACGUCCUUACAAACACGAACAAGAGAAAAAAGGAAGCCUCAGCUAGAGAAAGAUAGUAAAUCAAAAGGUCCCAAAUAUACACCCAUUAGCAUUUAUGAAGAGAAACUCCUCCUGAGGAGGCUUGAGGCCUGCCCCAGUGCGAUGCUGGUGACUCCAGAAGCUAGGAGGCUAAAGAGAAAAUUGAUUGUCAGACAAGCCAAGAGAGAGAGAGGAUUGCCUCUCUUUGACUUGGACCAGGUUGUUAAUGCUGCCCUUCUUUUGGUUGAUGGUAUCUAUGGAGCCAAAGAUGGAGGAGCAUCAAGAAUUCCAGCUGGCCAUGCCACAUACCGAACAACCUGUCAGGACUUCAGAAUCCUUGACCGUUAUCAAACUACCUUGCCAUCCAGGAAAGGGUAUCGGCACCAGACAACUAAAUUUUUGUCCCGAUUGGUAGGAUCAGAAGAUAUGGCAGCAGACCAUAGUAUUGUCAGCCCUUAUACUUCUCGGGUAUUGAAACCUUAUAUCAGGCGUGAUUACGAGUCAAAACCACCUAAGCUUCAGCUUCUGGCUGAGAUACGUGCCUAUCUGCAUAAGAAUGAUGCCAGUUGGAAACCAGAGCCUGAAGCACCGAUUGAUUACUGCUAUGUUCGCCCAAAUCACAUCCCAACAAUAAACUGUAUGUGUCAUGAAUUUUUCUGGCCUGGUAUUGACUUGUCAGAAUGCCUUCAGUAUCCAGAUUUCAGUGUUGUUGUUCUUUAUAAGAAAGUCAUUAUUGCCUUUGGCUUCAUGGUUCCUGAUGUGAAGUAUAACGAAGCUUAUAUAUCAUUUCUGUUUGUUCAUCCUGAAUGGAGGAGAGCGGGAAUUGCAACUUUUAUGAUUUAUCAUCUUAUUCAGACCUGCAUGGGCAAGGACGUAACCCUUCACGUCUCAGCAAGCAACUCUGCUAUGCUUCUGUACCAAAAAUUUGGAUUCAAGACGGAAGAAUACGUCUUGGACUUUUAUGACAAAUAUUAUCCCUUGGAGAGUAAAGAGUGUAAACAUGCAUUUUUUCUGAGGCUGCGUCGAUGAGUUAGAUGGAAUAUGUAGAAUUCUGUGAAGUGUGAAACUAUGGAACACUACAAGGCUUUCUGCUUUGAUCCUUUUAUGACUUAAGUUAUAAGAUCGGUGUGCUUAUUGAUGCUUAUUGAAGCCCUAAGCCACCUGAAGCUAACUGGGACGCUGAGAUGAAUGGAGUGCAGAGAGCCAGUCUAAAUGAAUUUUCUGGACUGCUUUUUGGAGAAGCCUUUAGAUCAACAUCUUGGGACACGUGGGGACACAAAACUGGACAAUGCAAAGAGCACUGCCUCUGCUUUCACAGUUGUUUUUUUUCCUUAUUAAUGUUAACAUGGGACAUUUUCCAUGGGACAAAUGUUAUAAAAACUUUUGGACAGUUCUAAUUGUUAAGAAAGUAUUCUUCAUGUUGAGCAGAAAUCCUUAAAAUGUAUGUGUCUUUGUAAAGUUUAUCUGUAAUGCUAGUUGUGCCCUCACAGAAUGAAUCUUAAUUCUUCUUUCUUUUCCUUCUUCCCCUUUAAAUAAAUGAAGACAAUGACCAUCUCUCAAUUUAUACACACCCAAACAAAAUCAUCUUCAGGCUAAAUAUCCCCAUUUCCUUCAACCAGUCCUCAUGUCAUGGCUUCUAGGCCUCUCCUCAGCUUGGUCUCAGGAUGAAAAGGAAAAUAUUUAGAUUAAUAAUCAUUGUUGAGCUAGAAUUUAGUGGUUUUAAAAACUCAAAUUAGGUAAAAAUAUAUAGUUGUAGUACUCCAAAAAUUGUCCUGUGUUUCUAAUAAUGACUAAGGAAAUAAAUUAUGGUGUUUGAAUAAAGGGAAUAUGUGGAAUUCUGAUAACUCCCCAACUUUGGAUUGUUUUCACCUGUCACUACUUCAGCCAUUUAGGUGGCACAGUUUAUAGAGCACUGGUCUUAGAGUCAGGAAGGCUUGAGUUCAAAUUCAGACUCGGACACUUUCUGAAUGACCCUUUGCAAAUCCCUCAACCUCAGAGCUUUUGUUUCCUCACCUAUAAAAUGGAAGGAAGAAAACAAGCAUUUAUGGAGUUAUUACUAAGUGCUUACUCAGUGUCAGGUAUCGUGCUAAGCACGUGGGAUAAAUAUGAGCAAAAGAGAUAGUUCCUGCCCUCCAGGAACUUGUGGAAGCAGAAAUAGGAAGGGGGGUGGCAGUGGCAGAGCAGGCUUUGGUUUUUGAGUCCAGAGAAGACAUCAGGAAUAAGGCUCUGGAAGAGAAAUGAAGGCAAGCCAGCCUGGGCCCCUUCACAAAGUAGAGACUCCUCAAGGAACUUAAUGGGAGGAGAGGGGCAGGCCUGCCAGGGGGUUAUGCCAGGCUGCAGAGGUGGGAUGAUAAGCUUCUCUAGGGCAAGAGGCUUAGGCACCGAGCAAAGUUCUGGAAUGAAUUAAUAGUGAGAAGGGGCAUAGUUUUGAAGUCUAGAGGAAGUCAGGAACAGGGCCAAGAGGGCCAUCAAAGUGAUAAUAGCAUCUGUCUCAGUUGUGAGGACCACGUUAGGUGCUUUGUAAACCCUAAAAUGCUGUAUGAAGUGUCAGCUAUCAUUAUUAUUACUACUGUAAGUGUGGUUUAUGCAAAAGUUUGUUUUGUUCAGAGUGUUUUGUAAGGAGUUUUAAGUAGAGAGUUGGAUUUCUCUCCUGUUGUCCUGCCUGAUCAUGGGCUCAUAGAUCCUUCCCAUUUUGCAGACAAGGAAACUUGAAACCCAGAACUUAAAUGACUUGCCUGAGAUCACAGAUAGGAAAGCUGGGGUUUGAAUCCAGUUGUCUGACUCUAAAUGCAGUAGUACCCUUCCCAUUACACCAAUUCAUCCAGUCUCUUUUAUAAAAGCCAUGAAGAUUUCUGUAAAAAAUUUUCAUACACAGGAGGACUGACAACUAAAGCUUCAUUCAAUCCAAGUCAUUACUGCUAAACCCUAGCCAGAUAAACCACAGGGAGGAGGGGACACCAAAUUGAAUCCCAGCUUUAAACAUUCUGUUCUAGAGGAGAGAAACAAAUUCAAUUCCUACCUGGACCGUGGAGUGACAGUCUGCCUAGACUGGGGCGGUACUUUGAAGUCUGGCCACCAUUUCAGUGUUUUAAUGAAUUGUAGUUAGAAGGAGAAAAGUUCAGAUUUCCUUUAAAGGAAGAAAUGACAUUUUUACUUUCUCUGUUUAGCUCUUUAAACUUUUAGGGCUUUUUAAUUAACAAAUUGUAUUAUAAUUUAUUCGAUCAUAGCUGGGGGGUUUUAUGUUUUCCAAAUGUGAAAACCUACCUUUAACUGUGACAUAAAAUAUAUCAUGCCUAUGCUUGCUUGCUACAAAGAACAGAGGAAAUUUUCCUCUCAUCUUGUGGAGAGGAAUACCUGAAGAUAGUAAUCAUUGCCUUAAUUGUUUCCACUUUUAUAGCGGUUGUUUUGUGUGAGUAGUUAUGUGUGUUUAUGUGUCUAUGUAUAUGUUGUGUAUGGGUGCAUGUGUUUACCUGUAAGUAAAAAAGUUGGGUUUUUUUUUAAAUAGCUCUCAGCAAGGAGAGGCAAUUAAAACAUUUUAUAGCAUGGUGCCUUGCACUUAGGUGUUCAAUAAAUACUGAAUUAUAACCUCUAAACUUUUGCUGUUUAUGAAAAUUUGGGAUUUACUAUGUUUCAGGAGAAAAAGCAAAUCUGUCUUUUAAAAUUAAAAUAAAGUCCCUUCCCCUUCCA